GUGAAACCUGCUCUGUGAGGAAAACGGCGCAGAUUAAACGUACUUUGCGGCUACCUUGAGCGUUGCUUUUGCACUUUUUAAUGAACUUAUCCAGUGCGGGAAAAGUUUAACACCGGAGACCAACAACUUUAAAAGAUGAAGAGCCUCAAGUAUCGAUUAAAAAAGCACGAAGUUACCAUCACAAACACAGACUGGAACAAGUAUGAUGAUCGGCUGAUGAAGGCAGUGGAGCGUGGCGAGGUGGACAAGGUGUCUGCUGUUCUCAACAAGAAGGGCAUCAUCCCCACUAAGCUUGACGUGGAAGGACGCUCUGCGUUUCAUUUGGCUGCAACACGAGGACACGUAGAAGUCCUCAAUCUCAUCCUGGGACACAAUGUUGAUGUGACUGCGAGUGACGCCGCUGGUAAAAGUGCUCUUCAUCUAGCUUCGAGAAAUGGACACUCUCUGUGUGUGCAGAAACUCCUGCAGCACAACUGUCCAGUUGGAAAUGUGGACCUGCAAGGAAGAACGGCUCUACAUGAUGCUGUCAUGGCGGGCUGUGCCUCCAGCGUCAAACUUCUCUGUGACAGCGGGGCGGCUGUGAAUGCCACCGAUUUUGAUGGGAGGACACCUCUGAUUCUGGCAACCCAGAUGUGUCAUCCCCGUAUUUGUCAGCUGUUGCUGGAGCGAGGAGCUGACAUUACUGUCCGGGACAAACAAAACAAGACCGCGCUGAUCCUCGGCUGUGAGUUCGGCUGUAAGGAUGCAGUGGAGGUGCUGCUGAAGAGCGGCGCCGAUGUGAAGACGGUGGACGGCUUGGGUCACGACGCACAUCACUACGCUCGCUUCAACAAGGACCAGGAGCUCAUUACGAUGGUCAAAAGUUACAUCGACAAAGCCAACAGAGAUAAAGAAGCCGCAAAGAUAGAACAGUGGAAGCGACAGCAUUCAGUGGAGAGAACAGAGGCAGCUGAGAUUAACAGAAGGGACCAGAUCAUACAUGAUCUGGAAAGGCAGAAUGAGACUCUGCAGGAAGGCCUCAGGAAGUACCACCAGGAGCAGAAAGCUCUCUUAGAUAAAGUCAACAUGCUCCAGCAACAGCUCACCCAGGAAAAAAUGGCCGCAGAAGGCUCUCAAAAAGAGAAGGAACAGUUGAAGAUGUUACUCAGCACCAAAGAAAAAGAUGAAGGCGCUCGAGGGCAGGAGACUGUCAAGGUCCAGCUCCGGAGUACUUUGGGGGAGUACUCUGGUCAGUCGGUUAUCAAAGGUAAAGAAAAUGUUUUUGUCAAAGGUCACAGCCUGGAUUCUGAUCAGAUGCUCAGAAAUCCUCCCCUCUCACGUUCACUGUCCCGACCGCUGGAGAAGGGUCUUCCUGGUGAGCUGGAUGCACUCCGAAAUGAACUCGAGGCAGUCAAGAAAAGACAGCAGGCAGCUGAGGAGGAGACGACACGGCUUCAGUCUGCACUGAGCCGUAAAACCAGAGAGUGCCAGGAGCUGCUUCAGAGCCGAGACACCAUCCAGAAACAGGCUGACCAGCAGAUUCAAGAGCUCGAGGACGCCUUGGGAGACGUCCAGAAACGGAUGCUGGACUCUGAGUGCAAGGUCAAACAGCUGCAAGCCCACGUAGUUGCUGUCAAAGAACAUUUAGGAGGCCAAGCGACAGAAGAACUGCGCACUCAGCUCCAGGACGUCAAGGCCAAGUAUGAAGGUGCUUCGGCCGAAGUGGGCCGCGUUCGCAACCGCCUCAAACAGAGUGAGAAGGCCUUGGAGGAGUACAAGAGCAGCGAGAGCCAAUUAGCAGCUGAGACAGAGAGGCUGAACCAUGAUGUCCAAAAUCUGACUGCAGAGCGAGACGAACUGAGAGAAACCCUUUUAGAAAUGGAAACCCAGCUGAAAGAGGCCCAGACUAAACAUGGCAACACCGUACCGGCUGAGAAGUUCGACAACAUGAAAAACCUGCUCACUAAUGCAGUUGACGAGAAGGAACGGCAGCUCGCCGAGCUGAGGGAAGACUACGAUCGGGUGCUGGAGGAGGUGGCGGAGCUCCAUCGAAAGCUAGACAGCCCCUCCUCACAGGGAGGCUCGAGGCCGUUGUCUCCUGAGGAGCAGCAGGUCUGGGCAGCACUGGAAGAUGAGAACGCUACCCUGAAAAAGACAUUGGUGGAGGUGACUGCAAAAAGCCAGGCUCUGAUUCAUGAGGUUGAGAAGAGUGAGGAUGAAAAAGAUAUGCUACAAGAGCAGCUGGAUGAGCUUAACAGCAGGAUUGAGGUGGACUUUAUACCGAUACGGAACCACGAGGAAGUUCGGAGGAACAUGGUAACGGCUCUGGAGGAUCUCGAGGACAAACUGGUGGAAGCCGGCGAACGUUGCGGAAGAGCAGAGGCACAAGUCCAACAGCUUCAGACCGAGAGGGCCGCGUUGCAGAAGAAUAUCAGCAGCCUCAGCAGCACGAGUGAGAAACAACAAAGUGAGAUGGACACUAUGAAGUGUCAGAAUGCCGACCUGAUAAAGAAAGUUGAGCUUUUGCAGAAGAGAUGUGAAGACAGAGAUAAAGAGUGUGUGCAGCUGACCACACAGAGUCAGACUCUCAAAGAGAGCUUGGAGGGACAGUAUGUUCCCAGACAGCAGCACGAGCAAGUGAAAAUGGAGUUAAGUUCCACCUUAGAGAGCGUUAAAGCUGAGAUGUUAAAGUUGGAGACCAGGGAAAAAGAAAGUGGGGAAGAGUUGAAGAAUGUGAAAGAAGGAAACGAAAAGUUAAAAGAAAAGUUAGAAAAAGUUCUGCUGGAGGUGAAAAACGACUAUAUCAGUGUAAAAGACCACAGAGCUAUCACAGACAAGCUGAAUGCUGCUGUGGUCGAGGCAGAGAAUAGAGCGAAUGAGGCGUCUGCAAUGCAUGCGUUGGCUCAGGAUGAAACAGUUAAGCUUACUCACGAACUGGAGGCUCAGAAGAAAGAGCUUGAUACCAUACAGGAGGCUAUUCAGUCUAAGUUUGUGCCUCUGACAACAGCUGAGGAGAAGGAAACCUCUUACAGCACCCAGGUUAAAGAGUUGACAGCAAAACUGUUGGAAAUGGAAGAGAAGUAUGACAAAGAAAAGACUGCGAGAGAGGGCAACAGACAGGAGGAAAAGAAACUGAAAGUUGAGGUGGAAUCUGUUCAGAGGAGACUAAACGUCGCUCUGGUUUCCAGUGAAAAGCACAAAGAAAAUGAGGAGGAGUUCAAGGCUAAAUGUGAAGAACUGACCCAGAAGUUGGUCAACUUAGAGCAGCAGCUCGACGAGGUAACACUUCAGAAAGCUGAACUUCAAGAGCAGAAUGCCCUGUGCAACGCUCAAAUUCAAAACCUACAGGAGCGUCUGAAGUCAGAGCUGACACGCAUAUCGACAUACGACACCGAGCUCAAAGCCCUCAAUGAUGCCUUACAGCAAGCGCAGGCUGAUUGCAAGAAAGCAAGAGAGGCGCAGCAGGCGGAGGCCCAGAAGGCGUGUGCCUUUCAGAAAGAAGUGCAGGAACUCCACCGGGAGCAGGAGUCUCUGCUGCAGCAGCAUGCCGAGGCUAAGGAAGCCCUGGAGGCUGAAGUGGCUAAGCUACACCUGGCUCUCCGCGAAGAGGAGGAAAACAACGCCCAGAGGGCGGAAGAUGUAUCUGCCCUGCAGUCAGAGCUCCUUCAGGCUACUCAGGCUCUCGAAGAGAUCCGCUGUAAGGAAGACCAAAUGAACGAGCUGAAGAAGGAGAAACAGCAGCUGGAGGAGGAGGCUGCCAGCCUGAAUAACAAGCUGCUGAGCUUGGUAGAAGAGCGUGAAAAGGUCCAUCAGGAGGCAACAAAAGCAAGAGAGGGCGAGAGCAGGGCGAGGACGGAGAUGGAGGCAGUCCAGGAGAAGGGGCGCGCCAUCGAAAGGGAGAUCAGAGAGCUCAAAGAGAGAUACGAUGAGUCCCUCACCACCAUCUGUGACCUGCAGAAGAGGAUUCAAACAUCAGCUGAGCAGACCGAAGCCAAAGACAAGAAGAUCACAGAGUUGCUUACAGACGUUGAGCGAUUAAAGCAGGCGCUGAAUGGUCUGUCCCAGCUGGCAUACACAAGCAACACACCCAAUAAGAGGCAGACGCAGCACAUCGACACACUCCAAGCUCAGAUCAAGAGCCUACAGCAGCAGCUGGCUGAUGCUGAGAGGCAACACAGAGAGGUGGUUUCAAUUUAUCGAACACAUCUGCUCAGCGCAGCCCAGGGCCACAUGGAUGAGGACGUCCAGGCCGCCUUGCUGCAGAUCAUCCGCAUGAGACAGGAGUUUGUGUGUUAAAGCUUCAAAACCCUGCUGCUACCUGCUGACUCAGAUUCACUGUUUUCAUAUCCCCUGCUGUAAAGUGUUCCUGCUGUGGCCCCUGUGGGCGCCCAGUGUGUGUCUGCUGACAAAUCUCUGCUGAAAGGCUGUUAGAAAACACAUUUUGCUGCAUUUAAAGUCUAAGAAGUCUCCAGGCUGUAGAUACAGACGAACACCAGCAGCGUUUUUUUUUAGAUACACAGAAAACAAAAACUCAGCAGUUAAAGCCAAAUGUAAUCAACUACCUGUAUGCAGAAACACUUUGCAGUUGCUGGUACACAGUAUGUAAAGACAACAAACUGUUUCAUACAUUAUUUUUCGCAUCUUUUCUAAUGAUGGUGAAGAUCUGUGGAUUUUAUGCAACUUUAACACAUUAUAUUCAGUGAUGUGAAGGUUAUUUGAAAAUGUGCAUCCCUUUCUUGGAUUACUCCUGAAACACUCAGCUAACUGUAAACUGGACAAACAGACCACUUUUCACAUUCCCGCCUGACUGUCAGCGCUCGUGCAGAAUGCUUCCAUGUUUAACACCGACGUUUGCUGGAGUUUUAAAGGGAGGGGUUCACAGUUUCCAGCUCAGAAGCCCAGAGUUACUGGCUGCUGUAAUCAUUGUUUUCUUUGAUACAUUUUCAGCUGCUGAUUUACACACACACAUGCAAAUGAAGCAAAAACACAAUAGCAACAGUAGCAAUAUCAGAAAGGCACUCACGAGUCGCCUAUCUGUACCCAGCCAGUGUACAGAGUGGCAAAUCGUGCAUGUGUGUUAUCAGCCUGUCCUAAAACUAAAUGACUAUUUCUUGUAGUGUGCUAGCUCCUGUAGGCAGACCUUUUUGUUUUACAUAGAGGGAGUCUGAAAACUCUUUCAUGGUUUGCUUCAGCUUGCAGGUGACAACGCAGAUGUUGAGAUGAGCCAUCAGCUUUUUUUCUUGUUCUUGCUAAGUACUGAAUAGUUGUGAUAAAAGUGAUAAUACUUUUAGUACUUGGUGUUAAGUUUAACAAAUGCAGUAUGAGAUCCAGCUGAAUGAUUAGUAUUUACUUUGGGGCAAAGGCUCCCUUUGCCUGCCUGUUUCCUUGCAGAGCUGCUGGGAGUGCACGGUGACAUGGUGAAAUCACAGUAAAUUUAACUGUGGGGAAUGAAGCCUCUUAAUAUUUGCAUUAGUUUUUGACUCAAAAAAUGAUUACAGCUCCCAGUAAAUUAGUCAGUGUACAGACGGGCUGAAAAUCAGAUGAAACUACGUGAACCUGUCCUUUAACUUUCACCCGCUUUCUUUUAAGUCAGACUCAUUUUGUGGCACACUUUUUUCCUUCUCAUCUGGAGGUCCAAACUAAUCGGAUGCCAAAGACCUGAAGUGGAUCCAAAUCUAAAGCCCUCUUGCCGCGCUUGUAGACAGUUGUAUGAGGUAUAUUUGGGUGAGUGCUCAGUUAUCUCAGAGUCCAGUUACACGAAUCUGUGCACUGGUCACGCAGGAUUCGAAUCACGGGGGUGUGAAGCGGCGAUUUCUUGCUGUGUCCUACAGUUUGCAGUGGCACGUCGUCUUUUUCUUUAAACCAGAGUGUCCUCUAGUGGUGAAACUUGGCAGGCCAAGUUGGUAGAAAAUGUAAUAAUCACUGCAGACCAGGGGUAGGCAGUUGCUGCUUUUGGAAGCUGUUACAGCUGCAUGCCUUUACUGAACACUAGUGGCAUUUAUUAGAAAUCUGAGAAAUGCUAAAAAUGUGCAUAAGAAACUAAAGUGAUAAAGCUUCAUCUGCUAAUAUCUGCUGCUGUGCGUUACUGCUUUUUAAACCAAACCUCUUUUUAAAAACCGUUAAAACUCGACUUUAUAGAGCAGCUGAUUCACGCAGCUAUCCCAGAGCAGCAGUCGCGUACCCCUGAGCCGGCUCUUUGUGGCUCCUGAUGGUGUAGUGUGGUGGUGUUGUGAUUGUUGAGCGAGUCUCUUGUGCCUUUACACUGAUAUAUUUUUCAUAGCUUUGUACUUCUUUAAUUACUUUACUACAGUGUGACAUUAUUCAGCAGGUCUGGAAGUAGAACGGCACAAAACACGUUCAGGUUUUACUGUAGGAUACUAAUUUGAUAAGAACAACCCCUGAACGAUUACUCAUCUGAAACACUCCUCUUUAACCUUCCAGCUAAUACGCUUUGUUUUUAUAUUUAGGACACACACAAAAAAAGCUGUUUACACCCAUCAAACCUUUCCUCUGUUUUGUUCUGCAGAUUUUUAUUUUUUUUUUAAUGGUUAACACAAACUUUUUGGAUAUUUCUUUUUCUUUUCCCUCUACCAUUUAAAGGCUAAAGUAUGAAUCCAUUUGAAUCUUUAAAUGUUACUGUUUAACCAGUCUGUUUAACUGGGCGAAGGCUCUUGGCAAGAAUAGUUGUAUUUGUGAAUCAGUCAUACAAAAUCAAUAAAAGUGCCUA